AUGGGUUAUGAAGAAGGGUCCUUGGAACUGCUGAAGGAUGAAGAUUCUUGUCAAAUUAUAUUCAAACAAGAAAAAUUGGUGGCCAUGGGAAGUUGGCGUGUUCUUCAAUUUCAGGUUCUUCGUUGUGGCAAGAGUUGUAGGCUAAGAUGGACCAACUACCUCAGACCAGAUAUUAAACGUGGUUCCUUCACUUUUGAGGAAGAAAAACUAAUCAUACAGCUUCAUGGUAUCCUUGGAAAUAGGUGGGCUGCUAUAGCCUCUCAGCUACCAGGAAGAACAGACAAUGAGAUCAAGAACUUAUGGAACACCCAUUUGAAGAAACGUCUCAUUUGCAUGGGCCUAGACCCUCAAACCCACCAGCCACUCUCCUCUUCAUGCAACCCUGAUGGCAAGGCCCAUGCAGCAUCCACCUCAACCCGCCACAUGGCCCAGUGGGAGAGUGCAAGGCUUGAAGCAGAGGCCAGGCUCUCAAGGGAGCCCUAUUUGUUCAACAACUUCAACAAAACUGACUCUGACUACUUCCUCAGAAUGUGGAACUCUGAAGUUGGACAAUCUUUUCGUGGUGUGCACAAAUCAGACAACAAAGGUAGCUGCCAAAGUCCCAUUUCUCUAGGGUCAUUGUCUGCUACCACCACCACAGAUUUGGCUUCCAACCCUACAAGCAUUGUGAAAGAGGAUUUGGUGUGGGGUGGUAGCAAGAAAAUAGCCUCUGAUUCAUCAAGCUCCAGUGAACUAGAAGAAGACUCGUGUGACACUUCAUUGCAGCUCUUGUUAGACUUCCCUAUAAACAAUGACAUGAGCUUCUUAGAAUGAGACACCAACCCUUAAGUGCAUGUAUCAUGUUGAUAUGCUGACAUGUAGGUUUUUAUUCUCUAUUUUGUAGACUUGGUAUAUCAGAAGACAAACUAGUAACUAAUGACAUUGCGUAGAGUUUAAUGGAUAUGCUGUGUAAGCUAGUUCUUUGCUCAA